AUGAAGGAAAUCCACGAUCAGGAUGCCAAGGACGAAAACCCCAAGAAGGAACCCAUGAACCUGCACGAGGCCUGCGAGGAGGGAGAGAGGGACGCCUUCGUCUACCCGCCGAGCAGGGACACCGCCAACGACCCAAGCAUCCCACCGGGCGACUACACCGACGACGACGACCUGGACCUCGACACGACCUUCAUCCUCGUCCGCGCCUCCCAGUCGCUCUGCCUCAUCGUCACCUUCGCGUUCUACACCUCCUUGGUGCUCUCCAGGGCCGACGACGACGACAAGCAGCGGAGCAACAUCUUCUGCGUCCUGCAGACCAUGGAGAGCAUCACCGUCGACGCCGUCACCGUCCUCUUCAUCCUCACGGGCUGCGCCGACUCCCACCACUACUGGAGUGAAGACGCCAAGCCCCUGCGCGUGCUCUACGACGUCAACGCGGAGGUCUACCCGCACCUCGCCCUGGUGAACCUCCUCCUCAUCCCUUUUGGGAUGAUGGCGCAAGGCCUGUGGUCCAGCCCGAUGACCUGGGCCAUCAACCUCGGCUCGCUCCUCUACCUCUCGCCCUUCAUGGAGACCCAGCAGCAGGCCCACUACAGGCUCUUCAACGAGUCGACCUCCAUCCUCAUGACCCUCCUCCUCUGCAGGACGGCCUUCCCGCUCGUCCGCCUCGCCAUCGCCACCACCGUCAGGAACUUCCCCGAGAGGCACGAGUACGUCAACAUGGCCAACAUCUUCUUCCAGAUCUCCGUGUCAUGCAUCAUGACCUCGGUCAACAUGCGCGACAACCACUUCUACUACUCCUUCCGCUUCCUCCUCACCCGCUUCUCGGAGUACACCCUCGGCUGCGUUUGCUACAUCUACAUCAGCCGCAGGACCACCGCGGGCGUCUUCCACUGGGCAGGCAUCCGCGCCAUCCGCUACUGGAGACACAUCCUCUUCCUCCACUUCCUCGUGUGGGUCUCGCAGAUCGACCAGACCCAGCCCACCGACGACGCCCUCUGCGCCAGGAUCGCCCUCGGAGCCCCCUGCAUGACCCACUUCGACCCGGUCGUCUCCCGCGCCGUCCCCGCAGGUUUCAUCCUCCUCUGCUCCCUCCACCAGGCCGCCGCCGCCGCAGACCUCCCAAGGUGGCUCUCCGAGCACCUCCCCAUCGCCAGGCUCGGCCUCGUCUACCAGUACCCGGUCGCCGCCCUCCUCGCCGCCCUCAUGCGCCUCCUCCGCCUCGGACGCGUCGCCACCCUCUUCGCCGCACUGUCCUACCUUUUCGCAUGGUUCAUCACCUCCGCCGCAAACCGCCACCUCACCCCAAGGCUCGUCCCCGUCCUCGACCGCAUCCUAGACGCGGUUCAGGAGAGGAUAGGACGAUGGUAG